UAGCAUAUAUGCGGUAGCGAGUCGAUGACAGUUGGAGAUAGCAUACGGUAGAGCUCGCUUAAAAGCACAGUGAAAGCUGCCCAACAACCACGCUAAAGUUGCAACCGGGUACGUACAGAACGCACACUGUUUACUAACAACAGACAUUGCAUGCUUGGUGUAUUUGGCGCUGGGUCGGCUAAACUGGUUAGGCAGCAUCGUCGUGAAUCUUCCGUGAAGUCAGGUGACAUUUCCUUCAAAUCCAGACGGCGAUGGCGCGACUCAAGGUGGCCAUAAUCGGUCAGAGCCCGUUCGCGGCCGAGGUCUAUAAACUGCUCAGAUACAAUGGCCACGAUAUCACCGGUGUUUUCACGAUCCCCGAUAAAGGAAACCGAGAGGAUCCGUUAGCUGUGACAGCGAAGACGGACGACACGCCGGUGUUCAAAAUCAAAUCAUGGAGGAGCAAAGGAGUAACACUGCCGGAAGUGUUGGAGCUGUACAAAAGCAUCGAGGUGGACGUGAACGUUCUACCGUUCUGCAGUCAGUUCAUUCCCAUGGAGGUGAUCAAUCAUCCACGGCACAAGAGCAUAUGUUAUCAUCCGUCUUUGCUGCCCAGGCACCGCGGAGCGAGCUCCAUAAGCUGGACCUUGAUCGAAGGAGACGAUACCGCUGGAUUUUCAGUGUUCUGGGCGGACGAUGGCCUUGACACCGGGCCUGUCUUGCUCCAAAGAUCCUGCAAAGUGGAGCCCAACGACACCCUGGACACCGUGUACAAUAAUUUCCUGUACCCCGAGGGGAUCAAAGCCAUGGGAGAAGCUGUGGACCUCGUGGCAAAGGGAACCGCGCCUAAAAUCCCCCAAACAGAGGAAGGAGCCACCUACGAUCCGAUGUUAAACAAGAAGGAUCUACAAAAACUGGAUUGGUCCAAGCCUGCCAAACAGAUUCACAACUUCAUCCGUGGUCUGGACAGCACACCGGGAGCUUGGACCACGAUCAACGGCGAGGAGGUUCGUCUGUUCGGUUCCACUCUGUGGAACAGCGAUGAACUACCAUCACACGAUACAGAGGUGAACGUGGAGGGCCGAACAGGCAUCAUCCACGACGGCGGAUUGCUGAUCAACGCCAGCGACGGGAAAUACGUGAACGUGGAAAGGAUAAAAAUUGGUACCAGAACGAUCCCCGCCAGCAAGUUUGGCAAGGAGGACGAGAACGUCGUGAUAGAAUUCACGGAAGAGGAGCUGAAGGCCAAGGACGUUUUGAUGCACAUCUGGAACAGCAUCCUCAACGUGGACAUCGAAGACGACACCGACUUCUUCGCGUGUGGAGCCGGAAGCAUGGACGUCGUGAGGCUGGUCGAAGAAGUUAAGGACAACUUGGGAGUGACGUUGCAGAACAUAGACGUUUUCAUGGCCCCCGUUUUCAUACAGUUCGCUACGACGGUAGUUCUCGCUGCACGGGGCGUCUCCGCCGCCAAGGACGUCAAAUACGACGCCGUGGAACUGCAGGCGAACAACACGAACCUGAAAUUCCCCAAGCAAUUGUUUAUUGACGGGGAGUUCGUCAACGGGCAUGGAAAACCCCUGGACACGAUCAACCCUCACGACGAAAGCGUGAUCUGCUCCGUGGAGAGUGGCACCGUCGAGGACGUGGACAGAGCUGUGAAGGCUGCUAAGAAAGCCUUCGACGAUGGGGAGUGGAGCAAGAUCAGUGCCAGGGAGCGCGGUGCUCUUCUCUUCAAGCUGGCGGACCUGAUGGAGGAGCACAAGGAGGAGUUGGCCACGAUCGAGAGUUUGGACUCUGGCGCGGUAUAUACCCUGGCCCUGAAGACCCACGUGGGAAUGUCCAUCGAGACUUGGAGAUAUUUCGCUGGCUGGUGUGACAAGAUCCAAGGCUCGACGAUACCGAUAUCGCACGCUAGGCCCAAUCGCAAUCUGACGUUCACGCGUAAGGAACCGCUUGGCGUCUGUGGUCUGGUCACACCCUGGAACUAUCCUCUGAUGAUGCUUUCUUGGAAAAUGGCGGCUUGCCUGGCUGCGGGGAACACGGUGGUGAUGAAGCCUGCCCAGGCGUCGCCCUUGACCGCCUUGAAGUUCGCAGAACUCACCGUCAAAGCUGGUUUCCCACGCGGUGUGGUGAACAUUGUACCGGGCAACGGGUCGGUUACGGGAAACGCGAUCUGCGAGCAUCCUCUGAUCAGAAAGCUCGGCUUCACCGGGUCCACGUUGAUCGGCCAGUCGGUAAUGAGAUCCUGCGCUGAUAGCAACUUGAAGAAGGUCUCGCUGGAGCUGGGAGGCAAGAGUCCCUUGGUUAUCUUCGAGGAUGCUGACAUUCAGCACGCAGUCAGGGUUGGAAUGGGCAGCGUGUUCUUCAACAAGGGAGAGAACUGCAUAGCUGCUGGUCGACUGUUCGUCGAGGAAUCUAUACACGAUGACUUCGUGAGGAGGAUCGUCGAGGAGACGAAGAAGAUAAACGUGGGUAACCCGUUGGACAGAAGCACAUCGCACGGUCCGCAGAAUCACAAGGCGCAUCUGAACAAGCUCUUGGAAUUUGUGAGUCGCGGUGUCCAGGAGGGAGCGAGAUUGGUCCACGGUGGCAAAAGGUUGGAUCGUCCUGGUUGGUACUUCGAGCCGACGGUCUUCACCGACGUCAAGGACGACAUGUACAUAGCGAAAGAGGAGUCUUUCGGUCCUAUAAUGGUGAUCUCCAAGUUCAGUUCCAAGAACAUGGACGAGAUGAUCGCCAGGGCUAACGAUACAGAGUACGGGCUGGCUUCCGGUGUUCUGACGAAGGAUAUCAGCAGAGCCCUGAGAUUCGCCGAGAAGAUCGAGGCGGGGACCGUGUUCAUUAACACGUACAACAAGACGGACGUUGCGGCGCCUUUUGGCGGAUUCAAGAUGUCGGGCUUCGGCAAAGAUCUUGGCCAGGAUGCUCUGAACGAGUAUCUGAAAACGAAAACUGUUACUAUAGAAUAUUAGGAGAAAUCUAAAUUCAUUUCUGCACGCUUCAUUUUUACUAUUGCCCCCUCACUGUUCAUGC